GUGCUGGAGAAUCUGGUAAGAGCACCAUUGUCAAGCAAAUGAGGAUCCUGCAUGUUAAUGGGUUUAAUGGAGACAGUGAGAAGGCCACCAAAGUCCAGGACAUCAAGAACAACCUGAAAGAGGCCAUUGAAACCAUCGUGGCCGCCAUGAGCAACCUGGUGCCCCCCGUGGAGCUGGCCAACCCUGAGAACCAGUUCAGAGUGGACUACAUUCUGAGUGUGAUGAACGUGCCUGACUUUGAUUUCCCUCCCGAGUUCUACGAGCACGCCAAGGCUCUGUGGGAGGACGAGGGGGUGCGCGCCUGCUACGAGCGCUCCAACGAGUACCAGCUCAUCGACUGCGCCCAGUACUUCCUGGACAAGAUCGAUGUCAUCAAGCAGGCUGACUACGUGCCCAGUGACCAGGACCUGCUUCGCUGCCGCGUCCUGACUUCUGGAAUCUUUGAGACCAAGUUCCAGGUGGACAAAGUCAACUUCCACAUGUUCGACGUGGGCGGCCAGCGCGACGAGCGCCGCAAGUGGAUCCAGUGCUUCAACGACGUGACUGCCAUUAUCUUCGUGGUGGCCAGCAGCAGCUACAACAUGGUCAUUCGGGAGGACAAUCAGACCAACCGCCUGCAGGAGGCUCUGAACCUCUUCAAGAGCAUCUGGAACAACAGAUGGCUGCGCACCAUCUCUGUGAUCCUGUUUCUCAACAAGCAAGACCUGCUCGCUGAGAAAGUCCUCGCUGGAAAAUCGAAAAUUGAGGACUACUUUCCAGAAUUUGCUCGCUACACUACUCCCGAGGAUGCUACUCCCGAGCCCGGAGAGGACCCACGCGUGACCCGGGCCAAGUACUUCAUCCGCGACGAAUUUCUGAGAAUCAGCACUGCCAGUGGGGACGGGCGCCACUACUGCUACCCCCACUUCACCUGCGCUGUGGACACCGAGAACAUCCGCCGUGUGUUCAACGACUGCCGUGACAUCAUCCAGCGCAUGCACCUCCGCCAGUACGAGCUGCUCUAAGAAGGGAACAUCCAAAUUUAAGUAAAGCCUUAAGCACAAUUAAUUAAGAGUGAAACGUAAUUGUACACGCAGUUGAUCACCCACCAUAGGGCAUGAUUAACACUGCAACCUUUCCUCUCCCCCCAAGUGAUUUUGCGAAACCCCCUCUUCCCUUCAGCUUGCUUAAAUAUUCCAAAUUUAGAAAGCUUAAGGCGGCCUACAGAGAAAAACAAAACAAAAGGCC